CACUCAGGUUGAAUGGGGAAAGUCUUGGUGUUGACCUGAGGAACAGAAGCUCAGGUGCCUUCCACCGGUGACAAACAGCUUUAUUUUGGGAAACUGCCAAGGAUGCAGAAGGAAAUGAAGAUGGUCAAAGACGAGGAUGCACGUUUCAACUUGGGUGUGAAGAGGGUCCCGUCCUUUGUCCACUGCCUACAGCCAGCGGCUUCCCGGGGGAAGGCGCCCCUGAGACACCCCCUUCCCGAAGCCCUCCGAGGGCCAUUCUCCCAGUUUCGAUACGAACCCCCAGCAGGGCAUCUGGAUGGGUUCCCGGGGUCCUUCGAAGGAGGCGGGUCCCGCAAGCGGAAGAGCGUACCCACCAAAAUGCCCUACAGCCACGCAGCCCAAGAAGCCCUGCUCGGCCUCCCCGCGGAGGAGAGCAACGCUCACGGGCCGGCCGGCCUCCCUCUGAUCUUCCCGCAGCCCCCGCGCCCCAAGUGUGACUCGCAGAUGAUCGAUCUAUGCGACGUAGGCUUCCAGUUCUACCGCGCGCUGGAGCCGCGGGCCGGGAAGCCGGUCAAGCAGGAGCCCGGCAGGCAGGAGCCCCUCAAACCCAGCGCCCUGUGGCCGCAGCCGGUGCCCCCGGCCUUCCUGCCCACGCCCUACCCGUACUACCCCAAAGUGCAUCCCGGCCUGGUGUUCCCCUUCUUCGUGCCGGCCACCUCGCCCUUCCCCUUCGGCCGGCACCCCUUCCUGGCCAAGCAGCCCACUGAGCCACCACCGCCGCGCAAAGCGGAGCCCGCAGAGAACGAGGAGGCCAAGCAGAAGGUGGAGAGGGUGGAUGUGAACGUGCAGAUCGAUGACAGUUACUACGUGGAUGUGGGCGGCGCGCAGAAGCGCUGGCAGUGCCCGACCUGCGAGAAGUCCUACACGUCCAAGUACAACCUGGUGACCCACAUCCUGGGCCACAGCGGCAUCAAGCCGCACGCGUGCAGCCGCUGCGGGAAGCUCUUCAAGCAGCUCAGCCAUCUGCACACACACAUGCUGACGCACCAGGGCACGCGGCCCCACAAGUGCCAGGUGUGCCACAAGGCCUUCACGCAGACGAGCCACCUCAAGCGCCAUAUGAUGCAGCACAGCGAGGUGAAGCCGCACAACUGCCGCGUGUGUGGCCGGGGCUUCGCCUACCCCAGCGAGCUCAAGGCGCAUGAGGCCAAGCACGCGAGUGGGCGGGAGAACAUCUGUGUGGAGUGCGGCCUCGACUUCCCCACCCUGGCGCAGCUGAAGAGACACCUCACCACACACCGGGGCCCCAUCCAGUACAACUGUUCCGAGUGCGACAAGACCUUCCAGUACCCCAGCCAGCUGCAGAACCACAUGAUGAAGCACAAGGACAUCCGGCCCUACAUCUGCUCUGAGUGCGGCAUGGAAUUCGUGCAGCCGCACCACCUCAAGCAGCACUCACUCACCCACAAGGGUGUGAAGGAGCACAAGUGUGGUAUUUGUGGGCGAGAGUUCACUCUGCUGGCCAACAUGAAAAGACAUGUGCUGAUCCACACCAACAUCCGUGCCUACCAGUGUCACCUCUGCUACAAGAGCUUCGUGCAGAAACAGACCCUCAAGGCGCACAUGAUCGUCCACUCUGACGUGAAGCCCUUCAAAUGCAAGCUGUGUGGGAAGGAAUUCAACCGGAUGCACAACCUGAUGGGUCACAUGCACCUGCACUCAGACAGCAAACCCUUCAAGUGCCUCUACUGCCCGAGCAAGUUCACCUUGAAGGGGAACCUGACACGCCACAUGAAGGUCAAGCAUGGUGUGAUGGAGCGAGGCCUUCACACUCAAGGUUUAGGAAGGGGCAGGAUGGCCCUGGCGCAGACCACAGGGGUCCUGAGGAACCGGGAGCAGGAGGAGCCUUUUGACCUCUCGCAAAAGCGCGGGGCCAAGGGGCCAGUGUUCCAGUCAGAUGGGGAGAGCGCCCGGGACAGCCCCUGCCAUGAGGAGGAGGAAGAAGAGGAGGAAGAGGAUGAGGAAGAGGAGGAGGUGAGCUGCUGCCCAGCAGAGCCCUACAGCUCCAGCCUGGCCCCCCGGAGCCAGCAGCUCUGUGCGCCCCAGGAUCUGUCCACCAAGCCCGAGCAGACCCUCCAGGGGCAAGAGGAAGCCAGCAAGGAAGAGGAAGAGGUGGAAAAAGAGGAGGAUGCUACCAAAGAAGGGCAGGAGGAGAAGAGCCAGGACGCCCAUGGGGAAGGCUUCAGGCAGGGACCUGAGAAGGAGACAGAGGAGGGGGCUGGCGGGGAGGAGCGCCUCAGCCUCAGAGUUCUUCAGAGUGCCAGGCGGGGCCCCUCCUUUUCUAAUUACUUAUACUUCAAGCACAGAGAUGAGAGUUUAAAAGAAUUACUGGAGAGGAAAAUGGAAAAACAAGCAGUGCUUUUGGGUAUCUAAGUGGACAGUUUUAAAAUCACAUUUGGAGGAUGAGAGCUAGACAGUGCAAACAGCUUUCCGCAUGAACUGUCUGUCCACUGGGGACUGACAAGGGCGCCAAGCUUCGCAGUGACUCAAGCUAAAGGAGCAGGGUCCUCGGUAAUUAGAUGCUUCUGGGCCAUUCCUUGGGCCUUCAGACUUAGAACACACACACACAGGGGCUUCAGUAUCACUUUGUCCACCUCCCGUGUAAUAAUCUGUGCAUAUUCUUCUAGAUGUCUAAUCCUGGCUGACCCUGAGGUGCUUUUAGAAAUUCUAUUUUCCUUCCAUAAUAUGCAGUGCAUGGCAAAUUUCUUUCUAGUUGUAAAAUGAUGGUGCUUGACAUGUUACCUUAUUAAUAACUAUUUAGCUCAACUCAUGAAAGUUAUAUUUUUCCAGUUAAAUGAAAAUAUUACUAGUUGUAUACCUAAAAAUAGCUUUUAUUGCCAUAAGCAAAAAGUGCUGGGAAUGACACAGAAGGGCGAACUAUUGGAAGGGAUAUUCCAAGUAGAUGCUGCAGAGGUAAGCUUAACAUCUAAGAAGAUGAUGAAUAGUUUUCAGUAAGAGGAAAUCCCAACAAUUAGACACCUACAUGGGUCUCUUUCUCUAGCAUCAGCUUCCUUCACCAGUGAGGUGUUGGGAGCUGCAGAUGACUGGGCAGUGCUCUGAGGCCCUGGCUCCUCAGACUGAUGUCUGGUGUCCUAAGCAGAAUGCCUUCCUGGACACCACUGCUGCCCUCCUCUGAGACCUCAUGCCCAAGGGAGCUGUUGCUUGUGAAGCUGGAGCUCAGGGUGGGGGAAGAAAUUCUCCCUGAAACAAGCUCUGCCUUCUUUGGGGUAGUAUUAGGAUAGUCACUAGCCCCUCACUGUGCUGGACACUUAGGCUUUGUU